AUGUAUUCACUGCAACAUCCACAAAUGGAUGAGAGUUUCCUGCGACUCGAUUCAACAGUCGAUGAGGUUAUCAAUUUGCUACGAAGCAUAAAAAAGCCAAAUGAAAACGAGACUGAAACUAAACCGGAAGAGGCUGCAGACAGUGUUACCGAUGACAAUUUCAUGGUCACUGUAAGGGAUCCAGGAAAUACCUCAAAUAAAAGCAAGGAUCGCUUUACAUUUAUGAGACAGGUGGAUGUAGAGCUGGCAGAGCGCUCCAAAGCGCGUCUAGAACGCGAGAAAGUAGCGCAGAAAUUUAGAAAGCUUGGCAACUCCGACUAUCGCCAGGGUAACUACGAGAGUGCUGUGCGCAUGUACACUCAGGCACUUGAGAAUAUUAAGGACAGUCCCAUACUGUACAUAAAUCGAUCUCUCAGCUAUAUCAAACUGCAUCAAUUUAAGCGCGCCAUCAUCGAUUGUGACUUUGUGCUGAAUAAGCUGGAUGAGAAGUACAUGAGAGCCUGGCUCUAUCGCGCAAUGGCCUAUAAAGGCCUCGACGAUGAGGCCAGCUACGAGAACUGCAUUAAAUAUGUGCGUAAAUAUCACUCUAAGCAAUUGGAAUUCAUAAACUCAUUUCUUGAAAAAAUGAGUAAUAUGCAGUAA